AUGGAUAGGGAAGCCAAGAAAGAAGCGUUCAGGAAGUAUCUUGAAUCCAGCGGCGUGCUUGAUACCCUCACAAAAGUUCUUGUUGCGUUGUAUGAGGAGAACGAUAAGCCUUCAUCUGCGGUCGAAUUUGUUCAGCAGAAGCUGGGUGGGCCAUCAAUUUCUGACUAUGAAAAGCUCAAGGCAGAGAAGUUGGAUUUGCAAUUGAAGUAUGAUAAGCUUUUAGAAACCCACAAGGAAACAUGCAGACAGCUGGAAGAACUUAAGAAUAUGAAGUACGGUGCACCUUGGAACUGA